AUGAAGAGAUCCACAGCUGUCAUACUCGCAUUGCAAUAUCUGUUAACACUCGGCCUCGCGAGAGUGAUAUUACAAAGCGAUCAUGCGGAAGAAGGAGGGCAACCCGCCCACGCGCUAAAAGCCCGAAAGCAAGUCUCGUCAGACGAUGGUGUCGUCGAAAAUGAGGCUCGUGAUGGCGCCUGUAAAGACAUCAUGUUCUUCUUCAUACGCGGAAGCACUCAGAACUCGAAUAUGGGUCGGCAACCGGGUCCCCAACUCGCGACAUAUCUGCGAUCAGCGCUAAAGCCGGACAAGAUUGCUGUGCAAGGCAUAGAGUAUGCGGCGACGCUGCAGGGCAACCUUUGCCUCAGCAGCGGGCUAUGCCCGGGAGAUGAGACCGCGAAAGCGGCCUCCCAGAUCAAGGACUACAUGGACAAGUGCGAAAAGUCCGAUGUUAUUGUUGGGGGUUACAGCCAAGGAGCUGCGGUGCUUUCAAAGGUGAUAUCGGGAAGGCUCGAACCGAAUUACAAGCAGCGGAUCGUUGCCGCCGUGACGUUUGGCAGCACCGUGCAGAAGCAGAACAAGAAAAAGAUACCCGGUUUGGCACCGGAAAAGGUGCGAAUGUUCUGCAACGAUGACGAUCCAGUCUGUCGCAAUGGUUUUACAAUCGGUGCGGUGAUGUCAGGCCACCGAGACUACCGAAAAGCAGCUAAAGCUGCGGCCGAAUUCUUUGUACAAAAGUUGGCGGCUGAUAAUAACUGGCCUAAGGUGCCCGUCAUCUCGGACAUUGACUUAUCACAGUUCACAGACGUGGGAUUCACGUUCGGCCAAAUUUACCGCGGAGCGCCCGCGGGCACGUCGACGCCGUUCAACGACGCCACGAAGCUGGCGCUCCUAGACAGCGUCGGAGUGGUUUCCAUCUUUGGCCGCGGCGCCGCGCGGGUCGACGCGCUCGGCGUCAAGAUGGACGGUCUCAAGGUGCCCCAGGAGCACGGCGGCGGCGGGGGCGAUUACAAGGAGCUGAGGCUGGGGGAAGGCGAGUACUGGGUCAAGGCCGAGAUGUGCAACGGCCAAAAGAAGGGAAAGGACCGCGUGGGAUACUUCCGUGCUACUACUAAUCUUAGCAGGUAUCUGGAGAUUGGGACGAAGACGAAAGACAGGUGCACUAUAUAUGUGCCGGGUGACGGUCACUCGUUUGUGGGCAUGCACGGAGAGUCUGGUGAGGAAGUAGACUCUGUUGGUUUCAUUGAGUACCCUCAACGGGAUGAGACAACACGUUGA